AUGCCGGUUGUCUCCAGACCUUCAAAGUCAGCAGAUUCUUCCUCUGUCCUCGAAAACGAACUUCCGUUCCCCUUUCCGAAGUUCGUCCCUAGCCCAGACCCUUCCAGUAAGCGUAUUGGCAAGCGGUUGAUCCCCAGGCCAGAGCCGCUGAAGGCCGAUUGCAAGAUUGGUUUGGCCAGUUUGCCAACUGAGCGGAUGAAAUUAUGUCGCCGAAAAGGCGCCAAACUCACGAUGAUCUUGGCCGGGUGCAGUGGCACGGGAAAGACCACAUUCCUCAACACUCUUUUUGGCGACAUCUUGGACGACCCAUCAAGCGAGAAGGACUCGAUGCCUUACGAAAUCAGGGAAAAGAAGUACCGACUUGUUGAAGACAACUUUGAGUUGGAUCUCACCACCGUCGACGUGCCGGGCUUUGGCGCUAAAAUGGAUAACCAGUACAGCUGGUUGCCGAUUGUGAGAUACAUCGACCACUACUUCCGGCGGUACAUGCUCCAAGAGGAGCAGCCGGAACGCAAACAGCUUGUCGACAACAGAGUCCAUGUGUGCCUCUACUUUAUCCAGCCUUCCAACACUUCUCUCUCUGCUUUGGACAUAGAGUCCAUGAAGGAAAUUUCCAAGAGGGUCAACUUGAUUCCGGUGGUGGCAAGAAGCGAUACCCUCAACAAGGACGAAUUGACCGAUUUUAAAAAAACCAUCAACCAGGCGUUGAAGGCGUACGACAUUGGCGUGUGCAAGUUCAUCUCUGACGAAGAGGUGUUAAGCAAGAUCCACAAUGUGGCUCCCUACGCCGUGGUGGGUUCCAACGCUAUGUUCAAGAACAGCGAAGGCAACAUGGUUAAAGCAAGAAAGUAUCACUGGGGCAUGGUUGAGAUCGAGAACCCAGAACACUGUGACUUCUUGUUGCUCCGUGAAGUGCUCUUGAGUGAGCACAUGCUCGACUUGAUCCAGUCCACCGAAGCUCACUACAACGCCUACAGAACGUGGUGCCUACGUGAGAGAGUCGAGAGAGCCCUUGAAGAGGAGAUGAGUGGUGGCAAAUCUCAGCUGUCGCUAGAAGACGACGAGGACGGCUUGAGCUCAUACGCUCUCUACAAGAAGAUCCAGCCGUGGACUGGGUUCAUCUCCCAGGAGGAUAUGGAUGCCGACGAUGCUCGUUUGGAAUUGGAGGCAAGGAAGCUGCUCACAGAGAGCAUGAAGAGAAGAGAGCUGAAGAUCAGGGAGUUUAAGAAGGUGUUGAUGAGGAGGCAGGCUGAGUACAACGAGGAGUUGAAGAAGGAGCACGAGCGUGUGACUGAGUUGAGCGAGCAGAUCCGCCGCAUGACCGCUGGAAGCCUGAAAAGCAGCAGCCAUGCUCCUGAAGAAAGCAUUGACCAGAGUGACCCGAGAGCCAUGCACCUGUUGAAGAACGGGUUCUUAGGUUCGUUCACAAUUGUUUCCGAGCCCUCCAUUUGCAAAGCAGCUAACCCGCCGGCGGGCACUGCUGGAGUUGUUUCUGGCAAACAGAAGGUAAUCAAAUUACUAAAGCUCAUGGCUUCAUAG